AUGACGAGCGUCGCCCGCUCGCUCGCCGCGCGCGUCGCGGUCGCGUCCGCGCCCUCGCGCGGGUCCGAGCGAAAGCCUCCGACCGCCGCCUCCAGGGGGAGGAUCCGCGCGGUCCGAGCCAUGGGCUACGAGUCCAACAUCCCGCCCACUCGCGGCCAACCCGGGCGCUUCGGCGACGGCGGCGGCGGGCUCAUCCUCCCCGGCGACGACAGGUACGACCCGGGCAUGGUCAAGGGCAUCCCGUCCCCGUCGAACCCCGGAGGCAAGUCGGGUUUCGACCCGCGCACGGGCACGGGCGGUCCGGGCCAGCUCCCGGGCGGAUACGAGGCUCCGCCCAAGCCCGGCUCCGAGAAGGACCCCAACGCCGCGUUCGCGCCCUUCCGUCCGCCGUCCGAGUACCUCGACACCGACCCGCAGGGCUUCCUCAAGGAGGACGACCAGAUGUCCUUCCUCCGCCUUCGCAACCGCGCGGGGAUGUGGUACCAGCUCGCGCCCAUCUUGCCCAAGCUCAUGCGCUCCGGCUUUCUCCCCGACGACAUCUUCGACGAGACCGGCAUCGAACCGCGCGAGCAGUCCCUGUGGCAGACGUGGACGUCGACCCGCGGCUCGCUCCUGAACGAUCCGCGGUUCCCCGACGAGAAGCUCGAGUACUUUGACGACGAGUACAACGGCGCUCCGUGCCUGUCGCACCUGCAGUACCUGACCAACGACGAGAGGCCGCCCGCGGCGGAGUUCGUCGUGGACCAGCAGUUCAGCCCCGAUCAGACCAAGGAGCUCAUCAAGGCUUUCGAGAUUCGAAGGGCGCACGCCUCGCAGGCGAAGGGUUUCGGCACCACGCCCGGCGAGAUCAUGGCGUUUAAGAUGUGGCGAGACGUUCAGGAGGUGCAGCGAUACGAGGGGAUGGGGCGGGUGGAGGAGCUCGUGGAGAAGGGUAAGAGAUACGCCGAGAGCGACAGCGCGGUGCAGCGGCUGGAGGCGCUUCGCGACGCGUGGAGCAUGGACCUGUCGGAGGGCAGCGACCUUAUGGAGGGCGGGCUGUUCGCAAAGGCGCAGGCUGACGCAAAGGCUAACAUCAGCACCGUGCGCCUCGAUCCCGAGGAGCUGGCGUUCCGGCCGGUGCCCUACCUCGGCCCGAUGGAGUCCCUCUCCGUGGAGAAGGUGAUCGCGGUUCAGCCCGUGGCGCGCACCGGCGUGUUCAACACGUUCGUGCCCCAGGGCGCCAAGGAGUGGAUCGCGAUGCCCGCCUGGGCCGCCCUCGCGUCGGCGCAGAUCCCAUUCGCCAUUCUCGUGUCAAACACCGGGAAGCUCUCGGGCGCGGGUGACCUCUCGCAGCGCGAGGAGCCCGCGACGCUCGUCGUCGACAAGGCGGCGAACACCCCGGGCCCGGGGAACUACUACCUCGUCGCCAGGGAGUCGUCCAUCCAGCUCGCGGGCGGUAAGGGCGCGGUCGUCAUCGACGUGUACCCGGGCCGCGAGUGCAUGGACAUCGAGAGAAACGGGCAGGGCACGGUGAUCGGCCGCGUGGUGCUCGCGGUGAGGGCGCCGGGCGGGACCGGGGACGGCAUGACCACCGAGUUCGUGGCGUAA